AUGGUCUCUUUAAGGCCAUGCCUUCUUUUCAUUCUUCUCUGCAUUGCGAUAAUUAAACAUGCACAUUCCAACAACGAUAGGAAGACUUACAUUGUCUACAUGGGUGAUCAUCCUAAGGGCUUGGACUUAACUUCCGCACCUUCUCGUCAUACCACCAUGGCUCAAGAAGUCCUGGGCAGCGAUUUCAAACCCGAAGCUGUACUUCACAGCUACAAGAACUUUAAUGCAUUCGUCAUAAAGUUAACGGAAGAGGAGGCUAAAAGAAUGGCAGAAGUGGAGAACGUUAUCUCUGUUUUUCCAAACACCAAGAAUCGUCUUCACACAACGAGGUCGUGGAAUUUCUUGGGGCUUCCCCAGAAUGCGAAUAGAGCAACCACAGAGAGUGACAUAAUUGUGGGAGUAAUAGACACUGGUGUUUGGCCAGAGUCUGAGAGCUUCAGUGACAAAGGUUUUGGUCCUCCACCAACCAAGUGGAAAGGAUCAUGUCACAACUUUACCUGCAACAACAAAAUAAUUGGCGCAAAGUACUUUAAUCUGGAGCAUGAGUAUGCCAAAGAUGAUAUAGCAUCUCCUAGAGAUGCAGAAGGUCAUGGAUCACAUUGUGCGUCCACAGUUGCUGGAAACUCGGUGAACUCAGCAAGUGUAUUUGGCUUAGCCUCAGGGACUGCCCGCGGAGGAGUUCCAUCUGCCCGAAUUGCUGUGUACAAAACAUGUUGGAAGGCAGGAUGUAGCGAUUCUGACACCCUUCUAGCAUUUGAUGAAGCUAUUAGUGAUGGAGUAGACGUCAUUUCUAUUUCAACUGGAUCAAGCCGCCUAGUCCAUUUUCCGUAUUUUAAAGAUUCAAAUAAUAUAGGAAGUUUUCAUGCCAUGAAAAAGGGGAUACUAACCUCAAAUGCUGGCAAUAAUUUGGGUCCCCAUCUUUCCUCAAUGACAAAUUAUCCUCCAUGGUUACUUUCUGUGGCUGCUAGCUCUUUUGACAGAAAGAUUGUCACCAAGGUCAAGUUGGGCAAUGGGGAGGUUUAUGAGGGGGUUUCAAUUAACACAUUUGAUCUUGAGAGAAAACAGUAUCCACUCGUAUUCGGUGCGGAUAUACCUGACAUUGCUGGUGGACAUAACAGCUCCACAUCCAGGUAUUGCAAAAAGGACUCUUUGGAUAAACAUUCAGUGAAGGGAAAGAUUGUUGUGUGUGAAAGCAUUCAGAAUCCUAAAGACGUAGGGUUUUUAUUUGGGGCAGUUGGUAUUAUAUUUGGAAAUAAUUACCCUAAAGAUUUGACUGGAGCAUUUGCCUUGCCUGUUGUGGAGGUUACUCGAUGGGAUCAAAGACUCAUACAUUCUUAUAUAGCUUCAGCCAGAAAUGCAACAGCCACAAUAUUUAAGAGUGAAGAAGUAAACGAUGGACUAAUCCCUUUUAUAGCUUCAUUCUCAUCAAGAGGUCCAAAUCCAAUCACACCAAAUACUCUGAAGCCCGACAUCGCUGCCCCGGGAGUUGAAGUUAUAGCUGCAUGGUCUCCAAUUGAGCCAAUUUCAGGUGUUAAAGGUGACAAAAGAAGAGUAGAAUAUAAUGUAAUCUCAGGCACUUCAAUGGCAUGCCCUCAUGCUAGUGCAGCAGCUGCAUAUGUCAAAUCAUUUCACCCCAGUUGGUCUCCUGCCAUGAUCAAGUCUGCUUUGAUGACCACUGCUACUCCAAUGAGUCGUAUUCUUAAUCCUGAAGCUGAAUUUGCAUAUGGAGCUGGGCUUAUUAAUCCUGUUAAGGCAGCAAAUCCUGGUUUAGUGUAUGAUAUUAGUGAAGCAGAUUAUAUAAAGUUCUUGUGUGGAGAAGGGUAUACAGAUAAAGAGCUUCGAUUCCUAACUGCUGAUCAUAGUGGAUGCAAAGGAAAAGCUAAUAAGAAAGCCGUAUAUGAAUUAAACCUUCCAUCGUUUUCUCUUUUCGUAAAUGGCUCGGAUUUUAGUGGUGCUUAUCGAAGAACGGUAACAAAUGUGGGAUCAAACACUUCUACAUAUAAAGCCAGAGUAAUUGCUCCAUCUUUGUUAGAUAUUCAAGUGAAACCCAGUACUCUUUCCUUCACAUCUAUAGGGCGGAAAAAGUCAUUUUACGUCAUAAUUGAAGGCAGAAUUAAUGUGGAAAUAAUCUCUGCUUCUUUGAUGUGGGAUGAUGGCAGUCAUCAAGUUACAAGCCCAAUAGUAGUAUGGGGGAGUGUCUGA